CAUCGUGGCUCUAUGUAAACGACCUUAACCCCGCUUCACUCUUUUUAGUAUCUCGAGGUGUUCAAAUAGCGGUAAAAAUGGCCCGCACUAAGUCCGGUGAGAAGAAAGGACCCCGCAUCGAUGAUGUGGUAACGAGGGAAUACACCGUCAAUCUCCACAAAAGGUUGCACGGUGUCGGGUUCAAGAAACGUGCCCCACGUGCUAUCAAAGAAUUGCGCCUGUUCGCCAAAAAGCAAAUGGGAACAGAUGAUGUCAGAAUUGACACCAGGCUCAACAAAGCCCUCUGGAGCAAAGGCAUCAGAAAUGUACCUUUCCGCAUCAGAGUACGUUUGAGCAGAAGGCGCAAUGACGAUGAGGAAGCACAAAACAAGCUCUACACCCUCGUCUCGUACAUCCCAGUUGCAAACUUCAAAGGAUUGCAAACUGAAAAUGUUGAUGCUACUCAAGAUUAAUUUAAUACAUAAAUUAUUUUUAUUGAACACAAAAA